GUGAUGCAGAAGGAGAGGAAGGCCGCAGGCAAGAAGGAUGGACUCUAUUCCACAUGAUAUUCUAUCUAUGAUGGAGUCUCUUAAGGAGGCCCCUGGUCAGGGCUGAACCCUCCUUGGAAGCCAAGAUGCUCAAACUGAGGCCCUCGUACUUUGGACUCAUCAUGAGAAGAGAUGGACCACUGGAAAAGACGACAAGGCUAGGAAAGGUAGAAGGUAGCAGAAGGAGAGGAAGACGACAAGCCAGAUGGAUGGACUCUAUGAAGGUGGACAUGAGCAUGAAUUGCGCAGGAACUAAGGAGAGCAUUGGACGAUGGGGGCUCUUGGCGCUGUCCCAUGCGCAGGGGGCCAUGAGUCGAGGGUGCUUGGCAACCACAGAAGCACGGAUGGCACCCAGGCCUUUCACUGUGCGUGCGCCGAGUGCGAAACCCGGAGGGUGGGACCAUCCCUUCUGGCCAUCAUCUGUCAUUGCUGCCUGGACUGGUUAGACAGGUUUGAAAGUCCAAGGGAAGGCAAGGAAGCAAAGGCAGGGAGAGCCGUGACCAAGAAGGGAACCUAUGGCAAAGACACCUCCGAAAAUAGAUAUUAACAGAUAUUGGCAAAUGCUAAAAUAGAUCCGUGGAGCAAACCUCUGUUGUGCGAUCUUGAAAGAAGCGACGAAGGAGUGGCAAAACCACAACGCAGCGCAUGGGAUUGAGGACAGAGCAAGGCUGAGAAAAAACAAGACAAAUCCGGGCUUAAACGUUUCCGCAAACGGUGACCUCCGUCUUCUGGAUCCGUUCUUUACUUUCUGGGCAAUUUGGAGCCGUUGGGAUAACUGAGAAAAUUGCCUUCAUGGAAAUAUACGGAAUAUCCUAAGCAUCGGAACAGAUAUUGGAAGGUUCUGGAAAGGUUGGGCGGCACAAAAUGGCCGCCGCCGCGCCUGCGGAGGAAGUGGCGAUGGGCGUUUUGGGACAAGAUGCAAAGAAGUCGACCCGACUUGAGACCCAAGAGGAGAGUUUUGAGGACUAUGAGACCACCUUACUAUGGGGUCAAUCGCCCUGUGGUUCGAUUCGUGAGACGACGGCGCACAAGACGCCAGGGUCCGACGCAAGGCCCAGCCCUGAAGGGAGACGAGAAGAAGCCAUUUUGGGGCCUGCUGUGGACGAUGGGUCCUUGGAUAGGUCCUCCAGAACUCCUUCCUCCAUCAGCACCAAGGAGGAGGAAGAAGAGGAGAGCAACGCAAUGCCCAAAGUGGCGUCUCACGUCUUCGUGCCCAUCGACCCCCAUUGCAUCGAACGUAAGCCGAUGGGAUACGAUGCCAAGAAGCAGCGGCGAUGGGAAUACGAGGAGACGACAGCACGCGGCGAGGACACCGGUGACGUUGAAAAGCAGGACUUCAUCCCUCGCGGGCACUCGGCCCACUUCGAUGACUUGCCCAGCGAUGACGGAGAGGGCGCCAAGGCGUGCGCAGACAGGCUCCCAUGUCUCCGCAAUGGCACCUGCAGCUCCGCCAACCUCAAAGCCGUGGCCUCCAUGCUGGGCGCCACCAUCAUCUUCCCUUGCCUGGUCUACGGCGCUUACGUCUUCCUGCCCUUCGACGCCCCGUCGAUGCCCACCAUGGCCUCCCGCCUGGUCUACACCCUUCGCUGCGGGGUUUUUGCCACGUUCCCCAUAAUUAUAGGUAUGGUUGUGUAUGGCGUCUCCCGCCUCUGCUUCUCCGCCUGGCAGCCCUUUGGGGAGCUCCACAGGGAAGUGGAGAUCCAUCGCCGCUACGUCUCCCAGUCGGUCCACCUCUUCAUCCUCUACUUCUUCAACAUCGCCGUCCUCUCGACUUACCUGCCCCAGGAAGGCCUCAAGCUCAUCCCUCUCCUGACCGCCCUUUUUGCCAUUUCACGGCUCCUCUAUUGGCUGGCCUAUGCCAUGGGACGCUCCUUCCGCGGAUUCGGAUUCGGCUUGACGUUCCUGCCGCUGGUCGCCAUGCUCCUCUUCAACCUUUACAGCAUGUUCCUGGUGGAUUCGGAGAGCCUCUUCGCCACGGAGGACGGCGCUGGGGAGGACAAGGCUUUCAAGCCCAGAUAUUGGGGUUGAAGAAGGGCUGUCUUGCAGAAGGGUCCGAAAUCUAAACACCGCAACUAUAAUAAAUGAACUUCUAUGUACUUCACAAUAGCCCCUGAAGAAGGCCAAUGAGGGACAAGACAGAAAGACGUGGGCUCUUUGAGAUAUUAAAAGUCUGGACCAUGGUUUCCUUUUAUGCUUCUACAUUUUGUAUAAGGGAGACUGUUUUACCCCAAUGUUGUACUAAAUGGGACUUCAGCAUCCACCAAUUUUGGGGUCCUGGAACAAAACCCCAGCGGAUACUAAGGAAGUAUUGUAAAGGGUUGGAUUGCAGCUCCCAUCAGCCUGGGCCAUCAUAGCCAACAACGGAUGCUGGGGACUGCAGUCUAACCACAUCUGGGUCUUAAGCAUUCAUGGGACUUAAGCAUUCAUGUAUUUUGGUGGAACAAAGCCCCAGCGGAUACUCAUUGUAUGCACUUUUUGCACAUAGUCUGAAAGUCGUUCUUUACACAAUAUUUUUCAUCAUUUGGUGCAUGAAACAGAGUUGAUCCGAAAGCAAAGGUCUCACUGUCUCAGCCACCCAUGAAAUAAUGGUUUGGGUUUUUUCGCGGGGGAUAUUUGUAUAUAAAUGUAUGUUUUGUCGUUCCAAGAAGGAAAGCAGAUGGGUUUGCUUCAAGAAAAUGUAGCAUCGGUACUUUGGAACAUUUGCCAAGAUGUGAAAUGUUGAUUUUUUGACUGUGAACCUUGAAAACAUCUCUUUACUGUUUUGAUUCUGGCACAUAUUUAAUGCAAUGAAAUAAAACCUCACAAGCUGUCAAAAGCGAAAACAAAAGUUCUAGCCUUGUUCCAAAACAACGUUGGAGGCUUUAAAAAAAGAACUUGUUACGGAUGGUUUAGUUAUGCACUAGACGACCCUGGGUUUGUGUGUUUGUGUUGCGUGCCUCCAAGUUGUUCCCAA